UAUUUUCGAAAUCCAAUUUCGGGAAAAAAAUGCUCCGAAAUGAACUAAAUAUCCCAGGGAACAAGUGUCUUCCAGGUACAAACACUGAACUUCCAAUGGUUGUAGUGGCCGAUGAGGCUUUCCCUCUCACAAACAACAUCAUGAGACCCUAUCCUGGGAAGAAUUUGACGAAAGAACAAAGAAUCUUCAACUACCGAUUGAGUAGGGCUAGGAGGAUAUCCGAAAAUGUGUUCGGCAUUUUAGUGCAAAAAUUCCGUAUGUUCCUCAGGCCUCUCCAGGGAAAUCCUGAUAACAUAACGAGAAUUAUUCUCGCAGCGUGCAUUUUGCACAACUUUAUUCGAAAUCACGAAGGCUGGAAAGUGCCAGAACUCACUCAAGGUACUGAUGACACAACUCCAGGAGAGAGAUCUCGUCUUCAGAGCUUCCCUCGUCGACGAGGAAGGGAAAACCACGAAGCCUUUGAUGUGAGGGAACAGUUUAAAGAAUUCUUCAAUUCCCCGGACGGUAGUGUGGAGUGGCAAGAACGAGUUCUCAUGAUGUAAUUUGAAUUGAUUUACAUUCUU